ACUCGACCACCUUGACCAUUCAUAUUCAUUCCACCAUCCACUUCCACCACUUCCACCACAAGAAAUCAUUAAAACAAUUCAUUUCAGUCAACCCCCAAUAAUCAAUCCAUUCAUCCAUACUGCCCUCUACCUUUUUAUUAGCUAUUACUUUAUCAUGAGUUAGCAUUUAUUUGCAGCAAUCAUAGCAUAACAAAAGCUUGGGUUUUACCAUUUUCGCAUGUAGCAUUUAAAUCAAAUCCAGUAUUCAAUUGCAUUCGCAUUCGCAUUCUUUGCUUUCAUCAUGGCUACCAGUUUCCCUUACCCAGAAUCAAUACAUUCCAAGCGCCCAAAGACAGCAUCGGUAUUGAAGGCUUUUAUUCAUAAGCGCAACCCUUCGGAAGGAUCAGCUCUUUCACCUACCACCACUUCACCAAAUGACGUUUUUGUAGCUUCUCCAGCCUUCGAAGAUAUGCCAUCGCCGACCGAUUACACCCACCAUCGCGCUCUCGCCGAUAUUCAACGAAAUCAACAAACUUCUUCCAUCUUGGCACCUUACACGACUUCUCAGCAAGAAGGUUUACGACCAAAGACCGGUAUAGGGGGUAAGGGACUGCACAAGAAAACAUUGAGUGCAAUGUCGCUCAAAUCAUUGGCAAGCCCGGUGAAGGAUUACAAUAAGGGAACAUCAAUUCGAGACAAGUCCCCUACGAAACCUAAAAAGACAAAAUCUUCGACAAGUCUUGUUGGUCUCCUUACGCGCCCGAGGUCUUCGAAGAAUCUUAAGCUAGAUGUAGAGCUGGCGCAACGAAAUUCAAAAGAUAAGGAGAACCAAACUCCGGAGUUGUCAUCACCUGCCCCAGAACCCACAACGCGUUCUCCGCGACCACCGAUAUUUUCACAAUUCUCGAGUGACAUGUUCACAAAACAACCUCUGGGAGGAAAGUUUCUAGAGGAUCAAAUUGAUCUCUAUACACCUGAGAAUUAUUCACCAAGUAAACAACGAAACUUCUACAAUGGACCAAACACACAACCGAGUCUUACAAACCGAGAAGGUGGAUCAUCACGGCCGCAUUCCACAUAUUUACCCAGCAGUUUCAGUAUCCAAGACAUUCAUAGGAAGAUGAGUGGAGAAAACAAAAACAGACGCAGUACCGACAUUCCAAGACGGCAGGUCUCGAAUGAAAAGAAACAUAGUUUUGAUUUUCGGACCUCGAUGGACUUAAGGCCAAGACCAAGUUUCCAAAGAUCGAGUACCGAAACAUCAGUCGCAUCCAUCAAAACAUCCAGCAGCACUCGAGGAUCUCGAGUCAUGGCAGCCGUUUCAAAUUUCACGGCAAAGGCAAGAGGUGAUAGUGGAGGAUAUACUCCGGCACAGACACCGACCUCCGCGAAUUUUGGACCCGACAGACCCCUCCAUGAUAGAGAUAUCGACGCCGAGUUCGAAGCUAUGUUGGACAGGCGGAAUAUUCCAGAACAUCAACGAGGGAAGAUGAGGAAUCUUGCUAAAUCAAUGAAGAAAGAUUUCAUAAAACAAGAUUGGGCUGAAACUGCCGCUGCGAAAUCUGUUAGGCCGGCUAGUCAUGGCAGCGACACGAGUGGCGAAAAGGGAAAGAAGGAGGAAGUACCGGAAGUAAAGAAGAAGAAGAGACCAAGAAGCCGAACAUUUACUCUCUCCAGGUCAACCAGUAAGGAACGACCCGGCGAUAAAGACAAGAAAUCAGAAGGUGUUGUGGGAAACAAGAAAUCUACCGAGUCUUUGAAUAGUGGAAGUAAAUCACUUACUUCUGCUGGCGCUCAAGUAGCACAGAAUUUGAUCGCCAAAGCCAAGGGUCAAACACCGGAUGACUUCGUUGCAUAUUUAAGAAAGGUCCAGAAACCAGAAUUGGUCGAAGUUGGAAGAUUGCAUAAACUCAGGCUUUUAUUACGAAAUGAGACGGUGGCUUGGACUGAUAAUUUCGUUCGUCAAGGUGGAAUGGAAGAGAUAGUGGGAUUAUUACACAGGACUAUGGAAGUCGAAUGGAGGUUUGUUGAACCAUGUUGCUUUUUCAAGAACAUGAUAGCUGACACAUAUACAGGGAGGAACAUGAAGAUGCCUUACUUCAUGAGGUUUUGCUUUGCUUGAAAGCACUUUCAACCACGGCUUUGGCUCUGCAACAUCUCAGCAUUAUUCAAAAGACUCUCUUUCCUGCACUGAUUCACAUGCUAUUUGACGAAGAGAAAAAGGGGCCAGCGGAAUUUACUACUCGAAACAUUGUGACUUCGCUUCUAUUUACUUACCUUAAAUCCGCUACCCUUAGCGAGCGCGCAACCAGAGCACGAUUUCUUCUCUCCUAUCUUCGCGACCCAGAACCAAGCGAAUCACAGCGCCCUGUUGAUUUUGUUCUCGAUAUGCGUCGCCAACGCCCUUACCGUGUUUGGUGCAAAGAAGUAACCAACGUUACUAAAGAAGUUUUUUGGAUCUUUCUUCACAAUCUCAACGUCAUCCCUCGUCCAGAUUCGCGCCAUGCUCCAGAACGACUGAAUGAUUUGCCUCCCGAUCUUCCUUACAUGAUUAAGCACUUCCCACAAGAACUUCCUCCGGUUCCGGCCGCACCGUAUGUUGGUGGUGUUGAAUGGGAUGCAACUAAUUAUCUUGCUUCUCACCUCGAUAUUGUCAAUGGCUGCAUUGCAUCGUUACCCACUCUUGAGGAACGUAACCAAGUCCGCGAGGAACUGAGAGUCUCUGGUUGGGAAAAAUGUAUGGGUUCCACUUUGCGCUUAUGCAAGGAGAAAUUCUAUGGUGGUGUUCAUGCGGGGUUGAGAUGUUGGGUUGCCGCUGCAAUUGAAGAUGAUUGGGAGACAAAAGAUGUGAGAUGUGGUCCUAGUACUGACAACAGAAGUCCAGUGCGAAAGAAUUUCAGUCCAAACAAAGCAGCUGGUGCUCUGGUGGAAAGCACACCUCCUAAGAUUGAUAUGAAGUUGAGUUUUGCCCAGAAUAGAGCUGAUAAUGGAGGAGAUGCUUGGCUUUGAGGUUGUUGUUGAGUUGACAAAGCCAUCAUCUUUUCCACUUAAGAUAGAGAAUUGGAUGAUAGAAAGGGAAAAGUGAGGCCUAGUGGCUGAUCAUGCAACUGCGAAGGGGUUGAAAGACGAAAGAAUUUGCGAGAUGAAGUUUUCCAUUUAAUCUUUUGAUAUGGUUGUACGACCUUGGUUUAAUCGGUUGGAAGGGUAAGGAUUUGUUGGGUAAGAAAGGGAGGUGUGUUGGAGUAAUUAUUGAUUGUUCUGGACACUUUGUGAUGUGCCAUUUCCUUUUCUCGGUCUCUUCUGAGGGGAAGAGUCUCUUAUGGAUAGGAUUAUUGUUUUGUGAUGUGGAGGAAGUAAAGAAGGAUAUGCAGUAGGGGAAGGGAGAAUGAGAGAAGAGAGCAAGGCAAUUAAGUGGGGUCGAAUUCGAAUGAGAGGAGGAGGAGAAACGAAGGAAGAAAAGGGAGAAAGAUGACUGACCGGGACGUUGAUUAAUGAUGACUUUAUGAUGAAUGAUUCAAUGGUACCUUUUUUGCGCUUUUUGUAUUCUUUGUUGCUGUUGUCUUUUUUUUUCUCUCCUCCUUUUGCGUGUAGCUAGCUUAGCUUUUUCUCCUGUUGGUUCUAGUUCUACUCUUUGGUUCACCAGUUUUGCUCGUUAAAGUAAUGAUUUAGUUUACGUACGAGUACAUUGAUAGGACCUGGGGUAGUAGGUAGUAGGUAGUAGGUACUAGGUGGUAUGGGAUAGUAUAGUAUUGGAUUGGAUUGGAUAGGAUGGAUAGGGUAGGUAGGAUAGGUUAGGAUAGGAUAGGUAGGAUAGGAAUAUUAUUUUAUGAUGUGUAAAUGUAAA